AUGGCGCUGCUGGUGGAGUCCACCGAGACGGCCGACUGGCUGUCCCUCUGCCAUGCGGGCCUCUCCGCAGCCGGCGCCUCCCAUUUGGGCGCCCCCACCUUCGUCUGCGUGGGGGAUGCGAUCGAGAUCGACCCCGCCCAGGGCUUCCUGCGCGGCCACGGCACCCACGUGGAUCCCAAUGGCGCCCUGCGGGCGUCCGUCUGCGGCGUGCUGCAGCGCAUCAACAAGCUGGUCGUGGUGCGGCCGCUGAAGAGCCGCUACAUCGCCGAGACGGGCGAUGUGGUGGUCGGCCGCGUGACCAGCAUCGCAGGCAGGCGGUGGAAGGUGGAUUUGCACACUCGCCAGCGCGCGGAGCUGUCCCUGGCGGCGGUGAUCCUGCCCGGGGGGAUCCAGAGGCGGCGCACAGCGGAGGAUGAGCUGAACAUGAGGGGGGUGUUCAAAGAGGGGGACCUGAUCAGCGCUGAGGUGCAGGCGGUGAGAGGGGAUGGCAGCGUGAACCUGCACACGAGGAGCGCGCGCUACGGGCUGCUCGGGGAGGGCCAGGCGCUGAGGGUCGUGCCGAACCUGAUCCGGAGGCAGAGGGCGCACAGCCACGAGCUGGGGGAGCUUGGGGUGAGUUUGAUCCUGGGAUGCAAUGGGAUGGUGUGGGUGGCGCCUGUAGGGGGCGGGGAGGGGGAGGACGAAGCCGCCAGGCGGCGGGGGAACGCGUGCAGGGUGGCCAACGCCGUUCGGGCGCUCGGGCGGCUGUGCCUGCCCAUUUUCUUGGGCACGGUGAUGGGGGUGGUGGGGAUCAGCGUGGAGGGCGGGGUUGCCGUAAGGGAGAUGGGCGGCCAGGCGUUCCUGGAACGGGUAGUGGAGUGGGAGGCGGGGAGGAGGAAGGAAAUGGACGUGGACUGA